AUGAGCAAGUUUGGCGCCAUGAUCAUGGGCCCUGCAGGCGCAGGAAAGUCCACCUUUUGCGCCGCCCUCAUCACCCAUCUCAACCUCAACCGCCGCUCAGCCUUUUACAUCAACCUCGAUCCCGCCGCCGAGUCGUUUGAGCACACGCCCGACCUCGACAUCAAGGAGCUCAUCUCCCUCAAAGAUGCCAUGGAAGAGGUGGGCCUGGGCCCCAACGGCGGCCUCAUCUACUGCUUCGAGUUCCUCAUGGAGAACCUCGACUGGCUGACCGAGGCGCUGGACUCCUUGACGGAAGAAUACCUCAUCAUCAUCGACAUGCCCGGCCAGAUCGAGCUGUACACGCACAUUCCCAUCUUGCCGACGCUGGUCAAGUUCCUCACGAAUUCGGGCUCUCUCGACAUUCGACUUGCGGCGGUCUAUCUCCUCGAAGCGACUUUUGUUGUGGACAGGGCCAAAUUCUUUGCCGGUACCCUCAGUGCCAUGAGCGCCAUGCUCAUGCUCGAGGUCCCCCACAUCAACGUCCUGUCCAAGAUGGACCUCAUCAAAGAUCAGGUCAAGAAGAAGGAUUUGAAGCGAUUCCUGACGCCCGACGUCGCCCUUUUAGAAGAUGAUCCGCUGGAGCGCAGCAGAAGAAUCACCGAAGGCCCUGACGAGGAGGAUGACGAAUCUGCACCACCCGACGAAAAGGCCCAGGUCAUGAAGGGCGCCAGUUUCCGCCGUCUCAACAAGGCCGUGGCCGGCCUCAUUGAGAGCUUCAGCAUGAUCAACUACCUUAAGCUUGAUGUCACGGACGAGGAUAGUGUGGGAGGCAUCCUCAGUCACAUUGACGACUGCAUCCAGUACCACGAGGCUCAAGACCCCAAAGAGCCCGACGAUGAGCAGGAGUACGACGAAGCUGAUUAA